AUGACAAUCAAAUUCACUGUGUACAAGGGUUCCAAGGAUGGAAGCAUCCAACAGGCGGAAACCCAGCGAGGCGAUCUCACGCGAGACGACGUGCUUGUUCGGAUUACCCACUCCGGUGUGUGCGGCACGGACAUCCACUACCAGACUACCGACAUGGCCCUCGGUCACGAAGGCACCGGCGUAGUGGAGGCAACAGGGCCCGACGCGCACAUCCUGAAAAAGGGGGACCGAGUGGGCUGGGGAUAUGAACACGACUGUUGCGGUCACUGCAAGCAAUGCCUGACGGGGUGGGAGACGAUGUGCUCGGAGCGGAAAAUGUACGCCGGUGCCGAUCUCGACCAAGGCUCUUUCGGUACACAUGCAGUGUGGCGCGAGGCCUUUUUGUUCAAGAUCCCGGAGAAGCUGAGUAACGAGGACGCGGCUCCCCUGAUGUGUGGCGGGUCAACUGUGUUCAACGCCCUGCACGUCGCGCAGGUUCGUCCGACCGCUCGCGUUGGAAUCGUCGGCGUUGGGGGUCUUGGUCAUCUGGCUAUCCAGUUUGCCGCAAAGAUGGGCUGCCAAGUGGUGGUAUUCUCGGGUACGGAGAACAAAAAGGAAGAAGCAAUGAAGCUAGGUGCCACUGAAUUCUAUGCGACGAAGGGUGCGAAAGAACUCAAAGUUCAGGCCCCUCUGGAUAACCUCCUGGUGACGACCAGCAGUCAACCAGACUGGCAUCUCUAUCUUAGUGUCAUGGCCCCUGGUGGUGUUAUUUCACCCUUAUCUGUCGACGCGAAUGAUCUCCAAAUCCCGUAUAUGCCAUUGCUUGCGACUGGUCUUCGGAUACAAGGCGGCAUCGUUUCUUCAAGGCAGGUUCACCGGGAUAUGCUUGAGUUUGCCGCGCAUCACAACAUCAAGCCCAUCAAAAUGACUUUCCCCCUGGAAUUGAGUGGCGUUGAGCAAAGUUUGAAGACUCUUGCAGAAGGCAAGAUGCGUUAUCGAGGAGUUCUCGUUGCAAAGGCCUAA